AUGCCGGCGGAGGGACAACCAUCCCGGCAAGCCGGGUCAGUUGCGAAAAGACGGAAGAUAAGUCUAGCCUGCGAAGCCUGUCGCACUCGCAAGGCACGAUGCAAUGGAGCCAAGCCACAAUGCGGGAACUGCGUCCAGCGACAUGAACGAUGUGUGUAUAAGCGGACCAGCGCACAUCUCGCCGAUACCAACGAGUACAUUGAUUCGCUGUUGAAUCGGGUUGCGGACCUAGAGGGUGAAAUUCAGCAGUCGAGAGAUGCCCUAUCGGCGGCCUCAGCGAUGCAGUUGCUGGGCCAAAGUCAACCUGGAACUCCUUCCGCGGGUCUAGGCCCAAUUCUGGCGAGCGAUGGCCGUCGUCGCGAGAGCCACGAGGCGCUCCUUUUGGCGGCUGCAGACACUCACCAGGAUCCGAAAUCGAUCUCCCCAACUAAUUGUAUCGUCGACAUCUCCAGUCCAGUGGAUGGAAUGGGUGGAAACGCCAGUAGUGUGGAUUUGCCCGACAUGGAUGAGAAAUUUUACGGCAGCUCCUCCUCCAUGUCAUUUAUGAAGCAAUUCUAUAAUAUGAUCUUGCGUAACGGCGAUACUGCCGCUGCGCCGCAAACCGAAGUCAGCGGCUGCAGAACGACAGUAAACGAACCUCAACAGAAUAGCGGCUCAUUACCAAGGCCGUGCUUUGGCGGUCCGGAGAGCUUUUCUUUAAUGCCCCGGGUUUUGACCGACUACCUUUUGGACCUGUACUGGAAUCGGUCACAUCAUGUAUAUCCAUUCUUGCAUCGGGCGACGUUCAUGGCAGCAUAUGAGCAGCUCUGGGCCCCUGCCUCUACUCAAAGCAUACCGCAGCGACCCCGUCUUGGACUUGGUGGAUCAGACCAGUGCGGAUAUACAUCAUCAGUAUUUCACUGCGCACUCAAUGCGAUGAUGAUACUGGGAGUACAGUUUUCUGACCUGCCGCUGGCGCAAAGGAAUAGUCUGGUCGCGACCCUGACAUUGAAAUGCAAAAGCCAGUUCGAUCUCGACCUCUUUGACGACGGAAGUAUUCACGUCAUCCAGACCCUCUUGCUACUGGUCCAAAUCUUCCAGUUCACGACGUUCCCCACUCGAUGUUGGAGUACCAUGGGGGCAGCGUGCCGACUUGCCCAAGGUCUGGGCCUCCACCUCCCCGACGGGCAGCUGCAUGGCCAUUUCGAACCUGUUGAGAUUGAGUUAAGGAAGAGGAUCUGGCAUGCCUGCGCGAUGCUAGACAUGAUCGUGAGCAUGACACUCGGGCGGCCCGCCAUGUUACAUCAGAGCUCAGGGGUCGCAUUGCCAACCGCAAUUGAUGACGAGUAUCUCGACCGGAACCAACCGCAGCCGCUAGAUCAAGUCUCAUAUAUGGAAUUCUUUGUCGAAUCGAUCAAGCUGGACACCACUCUAAGCAAGAUAUUGUCUCGAAUAUAUGGCCAGGAGACCGACCGGUUAGACACCCUAUGCGGGUACGGAAGCUUCGAUCUGCUCAUUGAGCUUGACAGAGAGCUUGCCAAGUUUGCGGACCAAGUACCAGAGACUCUCAAGUGGACGUAUGAAGAUGGGGAAUUUCUCCGUCGUAGCCCACCACUGGGACAACAAACCAACAUCCUGCAUGCGAGACACCUCCAUCUUCGCAUCCUCCUGUUCCGACCAAGUUUGACUCAAUUCUGCCGACUGAAUUCUUCGUCCGCGCGGUUCACAUCAUCAAAGAAGGACCGGAGCAAUGCCUCGCCAGCAUCAUCUCUGGCGACAUCUUUCGCUCAAUGUUCGUCUCUGACCUGCGUGAGAAGCGCAAUUGACCUUAUCGACAUGACCGAACGGCAAGCCGCGACCAAUGAAUCCGGAGCAUGGUGGUAUAGCAUGUUCUACAUCCGGACCGCCGCAAUGGUCAUCCUCCUUGCGGAUGUCUGUGCUCCAGUGCGUGAGUCCAUUGGGAGCGCCACGUUGGCUUCGUCCUGGCAGAAAUGUCGAACCACCCUUCGUUAUAAGCUGCCUCAGGAGACGUUGGUGCAGACGUGUUUGCAGACGUUGGAGAAAAUGCACGAACAAGUGCUCACCCUUCGCUCGAUAUCGAACCCUGCGGAUCUUGGACUGGGGAGUGGAAUCGGCAUUGGCCAUGGCCAAGUAUCGACAGAGCAACAAGAGGGACAUUAUGCUCCUGCUGAACAUCCAAAGCGUCAGUGGAGCGUGUUUCAACAGCCGCCGCGUCCAGUUAGGGUAAGAGACUUCGGUCAGAGCGAAGAUCCGAUGCUUCGACAGGACGAUCUGCGCCCAACUUUGCGUCUCGUUGAUGAUUGCCGGCACGAUUUCCGUGGCGGUGCAGCCGUUACCGAGACGACGACAUCUUUCCCUCACAGGGCGAUGCUGCCGCUCGCCAGUGUUCAGGUCACCCGCGAGGAUGCGCCGUCUCGAGGUUUCCCCUUGCCAUGUACAUGCUGCAUCGCAAGUUCGUUAGGAGCUGAGCUGCCUCUGAAGUCUAUCUUCCUUUUUGAGGCGUUCUCGAAUUCCACUGAUUCCGCUUCCAUAUCCGCGGGAUCGGCCCGAACUUUCACGAACUCUACUGGGAUCGACCCGGACUUUCAAGGUUUAGGACUUGACGGUACCGACGUAAUGAUUGAUGCAAGGACUGAGGCUCAGAACAUAAUUUUGACUCUUGUUUCGAUCAUUUCAUAUAGGAAUAACCGCAUUUCUAUUCCAACUGAGUGGGGUUGUGGUGGAAUAUUUUCGGUGACGGGGUGAAAAUGGAUUAAUAUCCCGAAUGGGGACAAUAUGCAACGAACGAAACAAGCGUGCCAUCGAAUGCGAUACCCAUCAUGUAAAAUUAAGCUUGCUCCGGUGAUAAGUUUUCCGUGUUCAGUAUCAUAGAAUAGCCAUUCUUGGGGUUGUGUUAGUACACGCGGGAUGAUUCCGGUGAGAGACAUUAGGAUUCCCCCUAUCCUCCGGAAGCCUCCAUGAACAAUACAAGCU